CGCGCUCAGCGCCGCCUCCCCGCGGCUCCCCAAGAGGCUGUCCCUCCCCGGGCCGCCCGCAGGGGGCGCCGCGGCCAUGGCGCGGGAGGAACUCUCGGCUCUCGCCGCCAUCUACUGCGAGCGAGGCGCCUGCGAGGUGCUGGCGGCCUCAGAGACGCAUGGAAUCACAUUUAGCAUUCAAAUCAGUGUGAAAGAACAGCUGGAUAGAGAUGUACUUUUAAAGUUGGUGUUUCAUUUACCAGUCAGUUAUCCCUCAACUAUACCAGAUAUUUCUGUUAGCUCAGACCAGCUUACAAGGGCCCAGUGUGUGGAUGUGAAAGAUAAAUUACUUGAACAAGCAAAGAAGCAUCUUUCUGAACCUAUGGUACAUGAUCUGAUUCUUUGGAUACAGCAGCAUCUUAAAGAUGUCAUUAAGCAAUCAGCAACAGUUUGCAAAGAAAAUACUUUGUCAAAAGGAACAAGUACAGAAGAUGGUAUCUGGAUGCUCCUUUUGCAUUUAGAUCACAUGAGAGCAAAGGCAAAAUACGUCAAAACUGUGGAAAAAUGGGCUUCAGAUCUAAGGCUGACUGGAAGACUGAUGUUCAUGAGCAAGAUAAUAUUGAUUCUUCUUCAGGGUGACAGGAGCAACAUUAAGGAGUACUUGAUUCUUCAGAAAACUUCUAAGGUCGAUGUGGACUCAACCGGAAAGAAAUGCAAAGAGAAAAUGAUUAGUGUACUGUGUGAGACAAAAGUACAGUCACAGCAUAAAAGGUUUCAGACAUUUGAAGUCAAAGAAUAUUCAACGCUGGAUGAACUACAAAAAGAAUUUGAAACAGCAGGACUUACAACUCUUUUCUCUGAGUUUGUGCCUCCUCUCUUAAAAUAAAACCAAGAGAAAACACAGGACUGACUGAAGAUGUUGAUGGAAGAAAAAAGAACUAAAUUGGCAAAUAAUGCUAAAGUUCUCCUGCAAAAAAAUGCCAGAAGCAGCCAUGCUCUUGCAAGAAAGAGAAGGCCAUUCACACAUUAAGAAUUGAUAAAUUUUUGACAGUUAUGUAUUGAUAACAUUUUCCAAGGGAUGUGCAGUUAAUUAUCAUAAUUGCACGACAAGCAUGAGAGAUUGGGAAGAAAUUAUGUUAAAAUAAUGGUCUUCUAGUUUCUCAAUCUCUAUUUUUCAGUGUUUUGUUUUUUAUCUUUCAUGGUAGUGUUUUUUCAUAAUGGCUUGCUAGAAAGUGUGACUGAUUUUGCUUUGAAAGGUCAUGUGAAGAUAUUUCAAUAAAAAGCAUAGCAAAUAAGAUUUGCUAUGUUAGGACAGCAUAUACUUAGUAUCCCCUAAGUGUCCAUCUGCUAACUUUUCCUUCUCCAUUUAUCUGACUAUAAAUACUAAAAUGUUGAUUUAAAGAAGAAGUUCAUGGCUCUUGGGGCCUGAAAAAACUUAGAAGUGUGUUAUUGAAUGUUAUUUUUUACUCUAAAAUGUAUGAAAGUACCCAAAUGGAGAAUUUAAAUUGAUUAAAAAGCUGGGAAAGAGCCAAUUGUAAUGUUUUCUUUGAUAGUUUACAGAUUCCUUUUUGCACUUUAUCUAGUUUUGCUGUCUGUGCAUCUUUAGAUAUCUUGUUUCAAUUAAACUGUCAAAGCAGUAUAUAUACAGACUUCAGUCUUCUGCCACUGAAGACUUCUGUCAAGACCUCUGUCAUUUUAGAAGCUGGUAAGUUAUAACUCCCUAUUAAAGUUUUCCUAUCUUUAGCAUUUUUUCUGAUUGGUAGGUGGCCUUGGCCUGCCUAUAAGCUUUUUUUCUGUCGCUUGUCUGUGUUUUACUUAAGUAUAGGGGUAGAAAUUAUAUACAUCAUUUUUCAAAUUAAGUUGUGCAAGUUCGGUUUGCCGGGGAAGAAUUGAAUACUUUGUUUGAUUUGAUUACUUACUUGCAGCCCAGAAGGCCAACCAUAUCCUGGGCUGUAUCAAACGAAGCAUGGCCAGCGGGUCAAAGAGGAUUUUCCCACUCUGCUCUGCUGUUGUGAGCCCUCACCCUGAGUACUGCGUUCCAUUCUGGAGUCCUCAGCACAGAAAAGUCAUAGAUCUGUUAAGAGUGAAUCCAGAGGAGGCAACAGAGAUAAUCAGAGGGCUGGCACACCUCCCGAAUGAGGACAAGCUGGGAAAGUUGGGGUUGUUUAGCCUAGAAAAGAGAAGGCUCCCAGGCUACUUUAUAACAGCCUUCCGUUACUUAAAGGGAAGUUAAAUGUUAAAUCAUUACAUUUAAUUUCUAAUCAGAGAAGUCAGGUUAUUAUUUUAAAAAUAUGUGGAGAUAUUAAUUAGCGGGCAUACUCAGUUUGUUGUUGUUUAGAACAAGGCUCUUCAAAAAGGAAAAUUUUCCAAUAAGAGGUGGCAAGAGCUCUAUCUUGUUGUUCGACAAGGAACAAGAAGAAAUGAUACAGGAAAGCUGGGGAGGGGCUUGUUAUCAGGGAGUGCAGGAAUAGGAUGAGGGGUAACUGUUUAAAGCUGAAAGAGGGGAGUUUUAGAUCAGAUAUUAGGAAGGAAUUUUUUCCUGUGAGGGUGGUGAGGCACUGGCACAGGUUGCCCAGAGAAGUCGUGGUUGCCCUGUCCCUGGAGGUGUUCAAGGUCAAGUUGGAUGAGGCAUUGAGCAACCUGGUCUAGUGGAGGGUGUCCCUGCCCAUGGCAACAGCCCCAGGCAGCAGAGACCUUUAAGGUUCCUUCCAACUCAAAUCAUUCUAUGAUUUAUUUCUUAUAAUUAUUUAUGUCCUUUGAUUUCUAUUUUACCUGAUACCAUUCUCUAGCAAGACUAGGUAAGUUGUUUAGUAGUAAAAAUUUUGAAGUCAUGAGUUUCUUAGUAGCUAACAAUACAACUGGUUUUAACUUGUAGCUAAACAUGUCCUUUACUGCUUUCUAAAAGUCACUUCCAGCAGUCACAUGUUUCAUGUGUUCUGUGUUAACUGAACAUAUAUAAACUAUUGUCAAUUAAAUUCUCUCUUAUACUGAGGGCAGACUGGUACAAUUUGGUUAGUUCCUGUAGCAUGGUUUGGCAAAUCAUUGUGUAAGACAUUUUGAUUUCCACUUGCGUACUCAGACCAUGAGAUCAUGCCUCUUUCUUUGUUUUCUAGAAAAGCAACUAAAACAAAUUACUAAGAUUUUUAAGUUUUAUCAUUUGAGAUGUCAAAUGCAUAGCGGAUUGUAGACUAUUUGAGAGUUUAAGUUUUUAAAGAGUUUGGUAAUUUUCCAAAUAUGGAGUGUCUCAAAUACAUAUGUUGCAUGUUAUUUUAUAUACCAAGGCUUCUUUAAUGAGGCUGUAGCAAAAGCUCUUCUUAACGAGUCUUUCGUGUGUAGCAUAUAUAGUACUUCAGGCAUAGCAGAAAACAGACUGGGUUAAACAGGUUUUACAAAUCUGUUCUAUGUUAUUCUGGAGUGGCUUCCUGAGGGAAAGGAAAUCUAAUUUUCUACCUUUUUAAGUGUGUGUAUGUGGAGAUGAAUUUUUAAUUUUAUAAAGAAGAAUAAAGCACAAGUAUUUUUCAAAUAUCAAAAUACCAUGUAUUUUAAAUUAUAGCUUUCAGAAUCGAGCUAUUCCUAGUUAAAAUAUCUGUGUUGAAAAAUUGUGUGUCAAUGGAGUAUAAAGUCUUGAGAUGAUGCAGAGGCUCUCUGCUUAUACUGUGUGAUAGAUCUGACACAUAUCAAAACCAAAAAAGCCCUGUGCACGUGCAGCGUAAGAAAACACGAUCCCUAUCUUUCUGCAAAUCUAAGUGUUGUCAGGUCUCACCAGACAGAUUUUAUGUCCCCAACCAACUCUUUACUGUAAAAUGAUUCACUUUUCUGGAAAGAGAAUCGUAAGGUACUUAAGCACAUUCUAUAUCACAAUCUUGCUCAUUUUCUUGCUGAAUUAAGUUGUUGUAUGGAGCUGGAUGAUCUCUGCAUUUGGUAAGUUGUAAAAACCAGUUUAUACAAUGUUUUUUUAAUCAUAGUUAAGUUUCUUACUCACUAACUUACAUUGGACAAAUCAACAAGUCCAGCGUGGGAAGGGACUGUGGUUUUUUUUUUCGCUUGAUUUGAUGUGCUUCAGAAGAAUUACAAAUCUGAUCAGCUUGAUACUGUUCAAACAGCAGAGGACAUAAAAAUUGAUGUCAGUCUGAUUCUGUCAAAGGAAAUGCUUUUGCCUACCCAUCAAUCAGUCCCUUAUUUUGAAGGAUAGGAGGGUAUCUUGUGCUCAGACAAGUAAACAGUAUUUUUAAAGGUUGCUCUUUUGGAAGGAAGUUGCAGCUGUCUGUUAACUGAUAGUUUGUUUCCAUUUACUGUAAAAAGAGACGGGCAAGCCUGUGAGCCCCUGGGGCACAAAAGUCAUCAAAAUGCAUACUGUGGUGCAUAUUUUACCCUCCAAGGGAACUGAAACAGACGGAAGAACAAAACGCAGGGAAACAAAGUCAAGACUCCUGAGAAUCUUUAAAGAAUGCAUAUCAGUGUCUAAAAAGUUAGUGAAGUAUGUGUAACUAUCAGAAUAAGACAAUUCAAUUGCAAGGAAAAACAAAUCCACAAAGAAAAAAAUGGUUUAACAAGUAAAUAAGAAGGUAGCUUUCUUGUGGAUAUUGUGUUAUAAAUAGCUCUUUAAACAGCAUGGUUUGUAAAGGCUCAUUUCCUUUGGCCUUUCUGGUUUCUGAACAAUUGCAUGCAUGAAGCCUUUCGUGCAGAAGAGACGCUCAUUGUGGUGCUCUUCCAGGUGCGUUCCCGAUGCCUGAUAUUGAUUGUGCUUUCUGCAUAAUUUGUUAAAGUAUCAAUAGCAUUUUUCUUCUCUGCUACCUGUUUUCAUCAAAGUUGUAGGAACUUGUUUCUUUCAGGCUGUUAACCUCUCAUUUUAAUUGAAAUGUCUUGAAUUAAGAAGUUCUAGAAUAAUUUUGUAGUAUAAUUGUGCAUGCUUCUGCAUGGACAGCACAGUCGCUGUCAUUUGUAAUUGUAGUUUUCUUUGAAAAUCAGGCUAAAAUGAAAGCUGUUGCAAUAGGACUGACCACUUGAAAAAUAAUUUUUUAGAACAAGCUGAGAUUUGAUUGGUAUUUUUGAAUGCCUUGGCUUAUUAAGUGUGUGGGAAAACAAAAAAUGGGUAAAGAAAGAAAGAUACAUAGAUAUAGGAGCAACCCCCACACCCAAUGUCAACCCUACUUGCACAGUUGUUUUUCAAUGAAUACAUCAUAUCCAAAGCAUCCAUUCUAAUCCGGAAGAGACAUGCUCGAUCCACGGAAGGGUGUGUGAAACCACAGUUGAAUGAAUGCCUUGGAUGAGCAUCCAGUAGUCUUUAGAAGUGAUGGCACUGGCUAUGUUGGGCGGGUUUGUUGGUGAAUAGCACAGGUUCACUUUUUCUUCUCCUCUCAUGUGAUUCAUGAGUGUCGUAUGCCUGCAUUUUCUGUGGUAUGAGAAGAAGGAUGGUUUGAUCGUCUGAAGAGCUUUUCUAUCUCAUAACCCUUUGUAAACUGAAGCGAUCAAAAGAGCAAUGUGAGAUCCAGGUAAUUUUUAUCAUUUCAUAUAAUGCCAGGUCUUGCUACAUAUGUACAAUGCUACUACAAUAGAGUGGUCAUAUCGUUGGAAAGAAGGAAAUGAGAGUGCAACAGCUGAAAGCCUAGUUUUUGUACAGUUUUGUUUUUUUUAGAAUCAUUGCUGACUGGGAUUGUGACCCAGGUCUGUAGAUAAAACUGUCUCUGUCUUGGUAGAGGGAGCACGAAUAAAACUCCCUUCUUUUCUGUAUUAAUCUUUCAAGGCAUUAUUUAUUACGUUAACAUGUACUAUUUAUAUGUGAGUGUUUUUAUUAUUGUCUUUUGGAAAGAAACCUUUAUGAGCAGCAUAUACUGUGAAGUAGCCCACCAUUCAGGAGAAUAGCAUGACGUCAGUGGAAGUAAUGUGAAGUUCCAAAGGGAGGAAAUACUUUGGGAGACAACAUCAAUACUGGGAAUUCACCAACUUUUUUUACUUAUUCAGUCUCAUUAAGAUUAUAAUUUUUGCACACCUACCCAUCCACCCACCCUGCAUUUGUUAUUUGGUGUUCCAGGGAGGAUGAGACACUAAGAACUCAUAGAUGCAAAUCCUCGACAUAAUCAAUUGAAAAAAUUUGAAAGUUUUUUUGUUUGUUUUGUGAAUGAGGCUAAUUUUUGUGAGUUUGUAGUUCUAUCUCAUUUUCCUAUAAUAAGACUAUUUGUCACUUAGUUCAAUGUGAAUGACCCACAAACCCCUCCGAGAUUAGUAUGAAUUAUAUGCAGAAAUACUGUAAUGAGCCUAAAGAAACGUCAUAGUGGAAAAAUAUUUGUUUACGUUGUUUCUUUUAAAAAUAGUUUAAUAAACCACACAGAUGCAUGAUUUAAAACUGUAUGUCCCCUGAUUUGUUCAGCUUUAUCUGUGAAAAUACAAACGUAAUAAUUUUAUAGUCCAUUUGAAAUAAGAUGGUGAAAUGUUGCACACACUAUUUCUGCCAGAAACAACUGAAAUUGCUUAUAUUAUGAAAUACCACAAUUGCUGGAAUCAACUUUCAUAUAUCUUAUUGUAGCAUUAAGCAUUAUCAUCCUGUCUCUUUGUGCAUUACACAUGCAAGUCUGGCAGCACUCUGUACUGCUUUUAUAUUUUAUAUGUAAACUUUAAUUUUAUGUUAUCUUAUGCAAGAGUUACGAUUGUUUAUAGGUUUAGUUAUAGACAUAAGUGGAACUUGAAAUGUAAAUGCACCAAUAGCAUUAUGCAGUUAUUAUUCUGUGCUAUUUUCAUAUUUUCAUUGGCUUUUAUAUUGAUAUUAGUUUGUGUUUUCAAACCUCACAGUGUUAACCUGCAGUGAACUCUUCAGAAUAACAGAAAAAAUUUGCCUGAAAGAUUUGAUUUAAAGAAUUCUUGGACUCUAAAAAUGCAUCCUCUAACAUUUCAGUUAAAUAUGCAUUCAGGUGCUUUAAUUUUAUGCUAAUAAUUAAUAACUGUUACACAUUUGAUUUCCUUUGUGUUUCUUAAUGUAAUACAAGUAAUCCAUUUGUAUCCUGCAUUAGAACAUAGCUGAUCGUGGAAUUGGGGUCAAUAUUUAUAUUAGUAUUCCCCCUUGCAUGUAUUGUUAUGUGUUGUAACUUGAAUGCCAGCAGUUAUUUCAAGAUGGAACUUUAUA